GGUUUUUAGGUCCUUCACACCUUCUUAAUACAGAGAUUAACAGCUGGAUUUCUGAGUUUCCGUUUUUAAUUUCUCUAGAAAGGGAAAGAAAGAAAAAGAUAUGAUGUACAGUAAUUCUUGGAAACUUUCCGGGAAAAAUCUCGGAAACGAUUGAGCUUAUUUGCUUUGAUCAGCUGCUGUGCUGAUAGCUCUCUCCGGUUCUUGUGAGUUCGUCCCUGCUACAGAAAUCACGAAUUGUGGCUAAGAUGGUGUGGAGUGGAGUAGAUGUAGAAUUUGUGGCAACUUAAUAUGCUUCUGCCACCAGAAUCUAAGUUUACAACUCAAAUCUUUCCCUAACGAGAGUCCAAAGCUUCGGUUUUUAAUCCUCUGGUAGACGCAAUGAGAUUGUUACGAUUUGCUGGUGUAGUUUUCAUCUUUAUCACCGCCUUCCAAUUCGUGAACAUGCGUUAUUUCGGUGGCGCUAUAUUCUCUUUAUCCUCUCAAGAUAAGUUUCCGGUACCAAUAGAUGGAAGCACAGAAUCCGUCCGGCCAUUGUACGGCCCUGAAAAGAUGGAUGUCACUAGUUCGACAUCCGCUAAUGUAGCUGCAAGGGAAAGAACCGGUUUAGAAGAAGACCGUGUAACUGGCUCUGAUAGGAAUGUCACUACUAUUCAAUCCCAUGACAGUUUCAUUGAGGAUGCAAAAGAUAAGGAUUUGCUGCUAGGGACAGGGAGCAGCUCAAACGUGAGUUACGAGAAUAUAGUUGAAGAUGUUGACAUCGUUAGUGAAAAUAAUAGGAACGUGGAGACUCUGGAGAGUAAAUCUGAUGCUUCUGUUGAUAAUCUUUCCCCAGAUGUGAAAAGACUAAUGAAUGUUUCAAAUUCUGGUGUGGUUUCUAUCACUGAGAUGAUGAAUUUGUUGCGUCAAAGCCGCAUUUCUCAUGUCUCACUGAAACCAAAACGGUCUUCUGCAGUUGAUCAAGAGCUGCUGUAUGCAAGAACUCAAAUUGAGAAUGCACCGAUGAUAGAGAACGACCCUUUACUGCAUGGUCCUUUGUAUUGGAAUCUGUCCAUGUUCAAAAGGAGCUAUGAGCUUAUGGAGAAAAAGCUUAGGGUUUAUAUAUACAGGGAAGGCAAAAGACCCGUAUUGCACAAACCGGUGCUGAAAGGAAUAUAUGCCUCUGAGGGAUGGUUCAUGAAACAGCUCAAGUCCAGCAGAACAUUUGUCACGAAAAACCCUCGUAAAGCUCACCUUUUCUAUCUUCCUUUCAGCUCCAAAAUGCUGGAGGAAACACUGUAUGUCCCUGGUUCUCACAGCGAUAAGAACCUCAUCGAGUUUUUGAAGAACUACUUGGACAUGAUCUCCUCCAAGUACAGCUUCUGGAAUAAAACUGGAGGAUCAGAUCAUUUUCUGGUCGCUUGUCAUGACUGGGCUCCUUCCGAGACAAGGCAGUACAUGGCUAACUGCAUCAGAGCAUUAUGCAAUUCCGAUGUUUCAGAAGGUUUCGUGUUUGGUAAAGACGUAGCUCUCCCUGAGACAACUAUUCUUGUUCCUAGGAGACCGCUUAGGGCACUCGGAGGUAAACCCUAUUCACAGAGGCAGAUACUUGCCUUCUUUGCAGGCGGGAUGCACGGUUACCUUAGACCUCUCUUAUUGCAACACUGGGGAAGUAACAGAGAUCCAGACAUGAAGAUAUUCAGCGAGAUACCCAAAUCUAAAGGAAAAAAUAGUUACAUGGAGUACAUGAAGAGCAGCAAGUACUGCAUUUGCCCAAAAGGGCAUGAAGUCAAUAGCCCUCGUGUCGUGGAGGCGUUGUUCUACGAGUGUGUCCCCGUUAUCAUAUCCGACAACUUCGUGCCUCCCUUCUUCGAAGUCCUGAAUUGGGAGUCUUUUGCUGUGUUUGUGUUGGAGAAAGAUAUUCCUGAUCUGAAGAACAUAUUACUUUCGAUAACUGAAGAGAGGUACAGAGAGAUGCAGAGGAGGGUCAAGAUGGUGCAGAAGCAUUUCCUUUGGCAUUCUAAACCCGAGAGAUUUGACAUUUUUCAUAUGAUACUUCACUCUAUUUGGUACAACAGAGUAUUUCAAACUUGAAACCACAGAUUAGGUUUGGGAUCUUUAGAAAGUGUAAAUUAACAGAGAUUCAUUCGUCAAUAGCAAAAUGCAUGUCGCAAAACUCUUAAUCCUGUAAAUGCCAGUUACUUUCACUACAAUUCACUUAAACAAUCUUUAUACAGAUGAAUGUUCAUAAAAGCGGCUUUAAAAUAU